AUUUCGCCAAUCUAAUUUUCCUAUCCUCCUUUGUCUCGGUCUGAACACUGACGUCUCUCCUCUGCCUUUGAGUCAUCACCCGCUAACAUGAUGUUUCGAAGUGCCCUUUUAUGUCUACUAGUCGCAGUCGUUUGCUGUCAUGCCGAGGAGGGGAAAAGCAAGUCCAAGGUGUGUGCCAAUGUAUUCUGUGGGGCUGGCAGAGAGUGUGCUGUGACAGAGAAAGGGGAACCUUCCUGCCUGUGCAUCGAGCAAUGCAAACCUCACAAGCGCUCUGUGUGUGGCAGUAACGGUAAGACGUACCGCAACCACUGUGAGCUCCACCGCGACGCCUGCCUGACCGGCCUCAAGAUCCAGGUGUACCACGACGGACACUGUGAAGAGAAAAAGACAGACAAAGCUGUUGCUGCUAGCCCAAUCGUGUGCUACCUGGCCAACAGGAACGAGUUGCGCAGCCGGGUCAUCCAGUGGCUGCAGAAUGAGGUGGUCCCUGACGGCUGGUUCGCCAAGGGCUCCAACUUCUCCGACACCCUGCUCAAGUACUUCAAGGACUAUGACAAUGGAGACUCCCAGCUGGAUUCCACUGAGUUCCUUAAGUUCCUCCAGCACAACGAAACAGCCAUCAACAUUACCUCAUAUGCUGACGAGGAGAACAACCGCCUGCUCAGGAGCCUGUGUGUGGAUGCCCUCAUCGAGCUCUCAGAUGAGAACACGGACUGGAAGUUGAGCUUCGAUGAGUUCCUAAACUGCUUCAAGCCUGGCUUCAACCCACCAGAGAGAAAGUGUGCCCUGGAGGAUGAGACCUAUGAGGACGGGGCAGAGACUCAGGUGGAAUGUAACCGCUGUGUCUGUGCCUGUGGGAACUGGGUCUGCACGGCUGUGACCUGCGAAGGCACAGAUAAGGUGCCUGCUGUGGAGAAGACUGAAGGUGCUGACCAGGAGAUGACAGAGGAGGAGUGGACACGGAGAGUGGCUGAGCUCAACAAACAUCAGGAAACUGUGGAGAAGAUGAAAGUGAGCACUAAGGACAUUUAAGAGAGAGAGAGAGAGAGAGAGCCCUCCUUCAGUCCCACCAUCAACAAUCACUAUCUGGCUGAGGCUUUGGAGCUUGUACUGUUGCUAAAGAAAU